CCACCUGUCUUCUGUUACCCGCAACACGCUUCCGGGAAAGGCGGAGUCGAUGACAAUCGCUUCCGGUUCCGUGAGACCCACGUGUGGGUUGCAGUGGGUAUUGGAGACAGCAGCAGGGUAGCCACAGCAGCAUCCGGUUGUGCAUCCUGAGUGGGAAAGAGCCAGUGCCCAGGGGUGCCCGCCGGCUGGAACAUGCUGUCCGAUCUGGAUCUGAUCGGGACGAUAGAGGAUGAUGAUGAGAUUCCAGAGGAGCCGGAGUCCGAGGAGGAGGACGAGGAGCAGCCCAUCGUCCUUGCAAAGAAGAAGCAGGACAAAGCUAAGCGCAGUGGAGACUUCAGUGCAGAUUUUGUGUUUGGUGAGCGCGAUGGACAGGCUGAUGAUAGCUGGGUGAUGGAUGAUGUUAUGAAACAACUGAAAAAGAGAGUGGCCACCAGUUUGGAUGACAAAAUUGAAACUGUUAGAAGGAAGAGGAAGAACCAGGAGAAAGCAGAGAAGGAUGUUAAACAGUCUGAGAAAGAGGAUGAAGUAAAAAGUGAGGAGGAGGAAGAUGAGAAGGAGCCUCAGGAAAAUGAAGAGAGUGCUGAGGAGUUUUCAUCAGAGGAAGAGAGUGUUCUAACAAAAGCCGACACUUUGAGGAUAAAGGAGAGAAAGAAGAAAAAAGGCUCUGGGAGCUCUGGAUUUUUUGAAGAUGCUUCUCAGUUUGAUGAGAGUCUGACUUUCCAGGAUAUGAAUCUGUCCCGGCCCCUGCUGAAGGCCAUCUCUGCCUUAAGCUUCACACAGCCAACCCCUAUACAGAAGGCCUGUAUCCCUAUGGGGCUGUUGGGAAGAGACAUUUGUGCCUGUGCUGCCACCGGAACCGGAAAAACCGCUGCAUUCAUGCUUCCAGUUCUGGAGCGUCUUAUCUACAAGCCAAGAGAGGCUCCGAUAACCCGGGUACUGGUUUUAGUCCCAACACGUGAACUCGGCAUCCAGGUCCAUGCAGUCAGCAGGCAGCUUGCCCAGUUCACAGAGGUCACAUGCUGUUUGACUGUGGGGGGCCUGGAUGUGAAAUCCCAGGAAGCUGCCUUGAGAGCUGGCCCUGAUAUUCUCAUUGCCACCCCAGGGAGACUCAUUGACCAUCUGCACAAUUGCCCCUCAUUCAGCCUUAAUGCUAUUGAAGUUCUGAUCCUGGACGAGGCAGAUCGAAUGCUGGAUGAGUAUUUUGAAGAACAGAUGAAGGAAAUCAUCCGACUUUGCUCCCAUCAGCGACAGACACUGCUCUUUUCUGCAACUAUGUCCGAGGAGGUUCAAGAUUUGGCAUCUGUGUCCCUCCGAAAUCCUGUGCGUAUCUUUGUAAAUAGCAACACCGAUGUUGCACCAUUUCUGCGACAAGAAUUUGUUAGGAUACGACCGAAUAGAGAGGGUGACCGGGAAGCCAUUGCUUGUGCACUUCUCACCCGCACCUUCCAGGAUCACGUCAUGCUCUUCACUCAGACAAAGAAACAGGCACAUCGCAUGCAUAUCCUAUUGGGGUUGAUGGGGCUGCGAGUAGGAGAACUCCAUGGGAAUCUCUCCCAGACACAGCGUUUAGAGUCCCUCCGACGAUUUAAAGAUGAGCAGAUUGAUAUUCUGGUUGCUACAGAUGUGGCAGCUCGAGGUUUGGACAUUCAUGGUGUGAAAACGGUAAUUAACCUUACUAUGCCAGGCACGGUAAAGCAUUAUGUGCACAGAGUGGGCCGUACAGCACGUGCUGGUAAGGCAGGGAGAUCGGUGUCUCUAGUUGGGGAAGAAGAGAGGAAGAUGCUAAAAGAAAUUGUUAAAAAAGCACAGACGCCAGUGAAAGCGAGAAUCCUUCCACAAGAUGUGAUUUCCAAGUUUCGGGACAAGAUUACAAAAUUGGAAAAGGAGAUCUAUGCAGUGCUGCAGUUAGAGAAGGAAGAGAAAGAGAUGCAGAAAUCUGAGACUCAGAUUAGUGUUGCACAAAAGAAGCUGCAGUCAGGUGCUGAACCUGAGCAUAUGGAAAGAAGUUGGUUCCAAACCAGAGAAGAGCGAAAGAAGGAAAAAUUGUCACAUGCUCUUCAGGAGUUUGAUCUGGCUCUGAGAGGAAAGAAAAAAAGGAAGAAAUUCCUGGAACAAACCAAAAACAAAGGAGAAUUGACGCCCGAGGAACGCUCUCAGUUCGAGGUGCUAAAGGCUCAGAUGUAUGCAGAGCGUGCCGCCAAGAGAGACCGCAAACCAAAGAGAGCGCGGGCAAUGCCUCCAGAGGAGGAAGCUGCAGCCAAGAAUUCAAAACCAAAGAAACAAAAGAAAAACACAGUGUUUGAUGAGGAAUUGACAAACACAAGUCGGAAAGCCCUGAAACAGUACAGAGCAGGCCCAUCAUUUGAGGACAGGAAGAGGCUGGGAAUUCAACGUAGAAAAGGCAACUUUAAAUCCAAAUCUCGGUAUCGAAGGAAGUAAAUUGUGUACACAUUUUGUGCAUGAUUGAAGACCAUCAAUGUUUGGACUGAAUCAUUUCCAUCCAUAGCAGCCUAUCACAAGUGCUGAAUACAGUUUGAACUCGACAUGAUCUUUUUACCAGGAGUAUCUCCUAACAGUGGAUAAGAGGACUUUACUAACACUUCAAAUUUUUUUAAUAUACUGGUGCAGCGUCAUUAUUUAAAUUUAGGUAUCUAACAGGUUUAAACUCUGUUCUUGUGCUAUGAUUUAAUGUACAGUAGCUUCCACCUUUUAUAUUUUGCGGUUAUUUACUUCAAUAAUUUUUUUUUUUUUUUUUAAGUAAGAGACUUAUGCCCUUAUUUAUCAAUGAGUGAUAGAUUUCACUGUGAGUGAUAAAUUGCACCAGCCAAUCAGCUCCUAACUUCCAUGUCACAGGCUGGGUUUGAAAAAUGACAGGUGCGGAUUGGCUGGCGCAAUUUAUCACUCACAGUGAAAUUUAUCACUCAUUGAUAAAUAAGGGUGCCAGUUAGAAGCAAGAUGCAUUGCAAUAAUUGAACAUAUCAGAGUCUGGUUGUUGCUUUAAACAUAUGUAAGCAAUGUGAGUCACAAGGUCUAGGAAUUGGAACAAAGAUACAAAUAUGGUGAAAUGUGAAAAGAACAGUUCUCAUGGCCAGAGGGGAAGCGGUUUUCAAAGAGACAAGGAGGAGAAAAAAGAGCAAACACCGUGAUUCCAGAGAGAACCAGGAGUGAAUAUGUCUAGUUACUGUUGGCCAGCAGAGGGGGAGUACAUUUAAUUUUUUGGGGGGAGGGGGUCAGCAACCGCAUUCUGAAUGUAUACCAAGCAGUGCUUUGGAUACCUUUUAAUUAGUUUUGGUGAAAAUAGGGAGCAUAUCGAUGUUACUCUCCCAUAGGAAAAAAAAACAUUAAGUUUCUGUGUAGAAAUGUCUCACUCAAUCCAUUCUGAAGAAGAAAGACAAUUUUAUCAGUAAUUGGGACAGCUGUCCUAAGCUUUGGAGAGGGAUAAAGCUUAGAAAGAUAAACUGCCAAUCAAACAACUCUUGUCAGCUUGUCAUUCAAACACAGCCUGUAACAUUGCAGCUAGGAGCUGGUUUGUAUUUUAUUUAGUUUCACUUUAUCACUAGAAGGCUUAGUACAUCUAACCCAUAGAGAGAACAGCGGAGGUCCAGAGCCCAUCAAGCUUUAUAGCUUCCAGCCACACCGAUGGCUAAUAAUAUGGUUGUUGAAGUCCUACAGCUCUUUGUCCCAGGUUAGCCCUGGGUUUCCCAACCUUUUUUUUUUUUUUCUUCAGUUAACACACUUGUCCCAAUAAAACAAUUUUUUUAUUGAAUAAUAAAAUCAUUCAUUGCAUCCAA